GGCUGAGCAUCCUAUAUUUACCAAUUUCAGAAUUUGCAGUUUGGGAUUCAAUAUCCGUCAUUUAAAAUCGCCUAUACAAAAGUUGAAUCAAACAAGAUCAGAUCGGGAUGCCUGGAUAUACGAUAAUCAAUUUUCCUGCUGAAUCAAGCAACCAAGAUGUCCAAAUCGCUGGAAACUUCACCAAUUGGCAACCGCAAGUUAUGAAGUAUAAUGAUUCCGUCAGUAGAUUUGAAUAUAAAGUCAAUGAUUUGGUUGAUGGGUCCACAACCGGGAAAUAUAAUUUCAAGUUCAUAAUUAAUGGUGAAUGGAGAGUUGAUAAAGAGUACCCUUCAGAAUUUGAUCCUUCAGGAAAUGAAAACAAUGUCAUAUUGUAUGAUUAUACUGAUGACAAGAGUGCAUCUGAUGAAUACAUUUCCAAGCUUAAAACUGAGGUGACACAAGAUAAUGAAGAAGGACCAAAAACACCAGACCCAACACCAUAUAAUUUAUCAACAACCACAACUAAUGUCCAAACCAAUUCAACUUCAGAUGCAACUACAGCUACUGCUAUUGCUACUGGUAUAUUACCAGUUACUGAACCACCAACGGAAAGCAAAACUUUACCGGCUCAUGACAAGGAAUCAACAGUUGCAUCAAAAGCUGUUCCAAAAACUGAACCAUCAAAUGGAAGCUCCCAAUUCAUCCCGUUGACAGAAACAAGUACAGAACAAGCUCCAAAGAAUGAAUCUUUGUCAAUUCCAGAACCCGAGCCACACCUGAACCUCAAUCUGGAAUUAACAAAAAACCCUCUGGAUUAAAAGCUGAUGAUAAACCUUCUGUACCAAAACCAGUUGAUAGACCUGAGCCCCCAAAGCAAACAGGUGCACCAAAGACAAUUCCAAUUAUUCCUGAAUCUUCACUUCCAAUCACAACUAAUACUGAGAAGAAAUCGAAAGACGAUUCAACUUCAAACACAAAUUCAAAAACAUUGAAACCAUCACCAUCACCAGCCCAAGACCAACCAUUUUCUGAUGCUAACGAAAGUGGUGAAGGUUAUGAGGAUGCAUCAAACCAACUUCAAGAACAAAGACCAGUUAGUAACCCUUACUCCAAUUCUGGUAAAGAUAUACCACAGUAUAGUAUUGGGUUCUUUGCAACUAUGCUCCAUGUUAUUACUCAAUUUUUUAGACGUUGGUUCCAUUUGAAUAGUGAAUGAGUACUGAACUCUCACCAAUCUUGUUUGUGAUUGUUUGGGUGGUGAUUGUCUGGAGAUGUUUGAAGCG